ACACUGUCCCAGGCAGGAGCUCAGUGUAGCUACCAAAGUGACCUCUCCUCGCAGCACAGCAGCUAGUAGCCAGCAAAGCCCGAAGGCUGAUGCUAGCUACCAAUGGUUAAUACUUCUCCAAGCAGCAUGUCACUGUGCGCCGCCUCCGUGCCGGCAUUGCUGCUGCUCCUGGCGAUGGCCGCCACCUCCGGCGACGCGCAGCCUUCGCCCGGGUACUACCCGAGCGCGAGGUUCCGGCCGGUGGGGUUCAACCGCGGCUACGUCAACAAGUGGGGCCCGCAGCACCAGACGGUCUCCGGCGACCAGUCCUCGCUCACCAUCUGGCUCGACAAGACCUGCGGGAGCGGGUUCAAGUCGAAGCACGCGUACAGAAAUGGCUACUUCUCCACCCGCAUCAAGCUCCCCGCCGGUUACACCGCCGGCACCAACACCGCCUUCUACCUGUCGAACAACGAGGCGCACCCUGGUUUCCACGACGAGAUCGACAUGGAGUUCCUGGGCACCAUCCCGGGGGAGCCCUACACGCUGCAGACCAACGUGUACGUCCGGGGCAGCGGCGACGGCCGAAUCAUCGGCCGCGAGAUGCGGUUCCACCUCUGGUUCGACCCCACCGCCGACUUCCACACCUACGCCAUCCUCUGGAAUCCCGACGCCAUCACCUUCUUCGUCGACGACGUCCCCGUCCGGCGGUACGAGCGCCGCACCGAGCUCACGUUCCCGGACCGGCCCAUGUGGGUGUACGGCUCCAUCUGGGACGCCUCCGACUGGGCCACCGACGACGGCCGCCACCGCGCCGACUACCGCUACCAACCCUUCGUGGCGCGCCUGGACCGGUUCGUCAUCGCCGGGUGCGCGACCACAGCGCCCGCCGCCUGCCGCCCCGUGCCGGCCUCGCCCGCGGGCGCCGGGCUCACGGCGCAGCAGUACGCGGCCAUGCGGUGGGCGCAGCGUGGGCACAUGGUGUACUACUACUGCAACGACUUCCGCAGGGACCACUCGCUCACGCCCGAGUGCUGAUCGUGCUAGCCGACCCUACCGGAGCCGGUCCCUCACCGGCGUCGUGGCCGCGUGAGUGGGACGAUCUUGGCCGGUUGCUCGAUCGAAGCGGGGCCAGGGUGGAUUGUCUGCGGCCGUGCGAUUCGGAAAGUUGCUGCUUCUUUGUGUUUGUUCCUUUGGGUUUUUUUUUCAUUCCCCCGUGAAAAGCUAGUGAAGGUAUGGUGUGGCUGCCCUACCGCCGCCGCUGCUGCUUGUGAGGCCGGUGGUUGAGGCGUUGGCUGGUCGUUGGCAUAUUGCCAAAAAGGGGUGUCGUCCUGUAGUGUCGAGCUACCAUUUGCUGCUUGUUGCUUUCCCGUUCGUGCCACAUGCGUGCGUGCCCCCAAAGGGGCAAUGCUGCAUGAUUCAUGGCGUCUUGCAUGCCCACUGUAAUACGGAGACCUCAUUUUAAAAUAUAUGUUUCCUGUCGGUG